AUGUUAUACAUUUUUAUUUUUGUACUUUUUUCGGUUCCUGAAACAGUUUUUCCUGCUUGCGAUGUUUGUGAACAAUACUGUAAGUUUUUUGAGUCAAGGAAAAUAUUGAUGUGACUUUUGAAGCAAAAACUCCAACUUGGCAAUCAAUUAAUGAUAAAUUCGAAUUCGCAUGCCCAGAGGGUUGGAAAGUUUUUAAUAGAACACGUGGAACCUAUUGCAUGAAAAUUUUUUACACAAAUUAUCCACAAUAUAUUGCUUCUGCUCAAUGUGCAUUGUCAGAUGCAUAUUUACCUGGAAUCGAAUCUGAAACUGAAUGGACCUGGCUCUAUAGUAAGUACAUAUUCUCAAAAAAAUCUAGAUAAAACAUUAUGUGUAGUGAUCACAAAACAUUCCAAAAAUCUGUAUAAUUAUCGCUAAUCUGAAAAUUUUUUGACCUUUGAAAGUGAACUGAUAUAGCCUAGGAAACCAAACAUUUCCUGUCUCAACACAAAAGAUAAAAGGAGCCGACAAAGCCUACUGUACAUUUGGUUUUCUCUUCCAUGGCUUUAAUUAUUUGCGAAUUGACAAUAAAAUUUUUGCAGCAACUAUUCGGUCAUAUGUUGUGGCAAAUGGUGACGAUUAUGGUUAUUUUUGGGUUGGCGGAGCUCGAAUUCCAGCAUGUUCAUAUAACAUGUCAAAUUCUACAUGGUGUUCUCUUAGCUCGAAUGCAUUCAUCUGGGGAGAUUAUUAUUUGACUGGACCAGCAACUAUUCUUGACGCUCAUUUGAAAGGAGAUAAUGUGGGGUAAGUAUUUGACAACUGCAAUUCUUUCUAACGAGUAAUUCAUAUUUUCAGAGAAAUUCAGAAUUGUAUAAUAUUGAGAGUAAACGCAGAUUCGGGUCAAGCUUUAGAUGAUAUUUCGUGAGUUUGUUUGUAUCACUCACCACCUUGUAAUAUAAUUUUAUUUCAUUUCAGUUCAACCGUGGGCAUUAGUAGUGAUUCUUCAGUUAUACCAAGUGGUUAUGUUUGUGGAAAGCCAGCGGAUAUCGUGGGAUUGAAACCGACAUGUUCAACUUCUUAA